CCUCAUCUGUGGGUUCUGCAGUUGCUUUAGACACAGACGAGAUGGAGGCUGCAGCUCUGGUGAUCUUACUGGUGGCCCUCGUGGUCCCUCUCCAUGCGGGGCCCCUGCCCUCUGAGCCCCUUCUACCCACACAGGAGAGCUUCGACCUGGACCGGUUCAUGGGGAAGUGGUAUGAUGUGGCCAAAGCCUCCACUUGUCCUUGGAUGCAGAAGCACAAAGAAAAUUCUCCUAUUGGCACAUGGCAGCUGGAGAAGGGACCCACAGCAGACACAGUCAGCAUGAGCAGAACUAUGUCCAGGCAUGGAACCUGCAAGCAGAUAUCUGGUGACUAUCACCUGACCGAAACACCUGGCAGAUUCAAAUACCACGUGUCUAGAUGGAAUGCUGAUGUGGAUGCCUAUGUGAUGCACACAAACUAUGAUGAGUAUGCCCUUGUAGUGAUGAUAAAACAGAAGCAAGGGGGCGACAAAAGCACUUCAGUCAAACUGUAUGGCCGUACCCCAGAACUGCGGGACACUCUGGUGGAAGACUUCAAGCGCGUGGUGAGAGAACAGGGUAUGAGCGAGGACACCAUAGUCAUCAAGCAGAACAAAGGUGAAUGCAUCCCAGGAGAAACUGUGGUUGUUGACAUACCUAUUGUCCAGAGGUCCAGGAGGGCUGCAGUGCUCCCCCAGGAUCAGGAUGAUGAGGGCUCAGGAAUGAUGGCGACGAACACGCCUCUCUUCUGGGGACCAGAGGUAUGUGAGGCCGCACCGGACUCCGGUCCGUGUUUUGGAAUGUCCCAGCGCUUCCACUACAACACUUCACUCAAGGCCUGCCAGGUGUUCAACUUCGGCGGUUGCCUAGGCAACCAGAACAACUUUGUGACAGAGAAGGAGUGCUUGCAGAGCUGCCGUACAGAAGCUGCCUGUAGGAUGCCCAUAGACGCAGGCUCCUGCAACACACACGUGGAGCUGUGGGCCUUUGACUCCAAAGCCGGGAAGUGUGUGUCCUUCAAGUACAGAGGUUGCCAAGGCAACGGGAACAAGUUCUACAGCCAGAAGGAAUGUGAGGAGUACUGUGGAGUGAUGAAGGAUGAUGACAAGGAAUUGUUCAGAGCAAAUUGAGGGAUGUGAGAGUUCAGCUGGGUGCUGAGCACUUCACCCACAACUAUGCGCGCGCACGCACACACACACACACACACACACACACACACAAAGUUUAGACACACGCACACAAACAAGUGCACACAAACUCAUAAAAACACACUCACAAACGUACACAAAUAGACAGACACGAGCACAAACACCCAUAAAACCUGCAGUGCUAACUAACCCACCCAACAUAGAUGCUACUUAGCCCUACUACUACUUCUCCCAUCAUAUUCAUUAAAGAGAUUUAUCUACCA